CCCGUGGAGAUGGGUUCCAGAUGAAAAGGGAAGGAGGAGGCAUGGGCGCUGCCUAACCUCCAUCCUCCAUUCCUUACCCCUCUCCCACCGGCUUCUGAAGCCGGGGUCAGAAGAAAGGGUUAAAGCCUUAAAAGGGGACCGAUUUUGCGGGGCUCUGGGGGUCGGCUGGCACACCCUGAGCGGCCCCGCCCUUCUCUCUAGUGUCCAGAACCCUCCCUGCCCUGCCCAGGCCUAACGGCCACAGGGGGAGGGCCCCCCUUUACUGCAGACCGCCACUCUCCCACACCAAUAUCGGACCGCCUCCUCCUCCCUCUGCCACCCCUUCUCGCUCCCCACUCAGCCUCUGAUUGGCCGAGCCCCCGGGUCCUCCCCGCCCCUCCUCUCCCACCCUUGGUGAAAACUGCGGGUGCCGGGCAGGGUGCAGCAACUGGAGGCGGCGGCGUGUCCGGAGCAGUCUGCGGCGGCGAGGGACCGGAACCCAGGUCCAGGACUGAGCUCCCCGGCACCAUGAACCCUACCAUUGGCAUCGCUCUCUUGCUAACAGUCUUGCAGGUGGCCCGUGGACAGAAGGUGACCAGCCUGACAGCCUGCCUGGUGGACCAGAGCCUUCGUCUAGACUGCCGCCAUGAGAAUACCACCAACCUGCCCAUUCAGUACGAGUUCAGCCUGACCCGCGAGAAAAAGAAGCACGUGCUCUUGGGCACUGUGGGGGUCCCUGAGCACUCCUACCGCUCUCGAACCAACUUCUCCAGCAAGUACGACAUCAAGGUCCUCUACUUAUCAGGCUUCACUACCAAAGAUGAGGGGAUCUACGCAUGCGAACUCCACCUCUCUGGCCAGACGCCCAGCAUCUCCAGCAAGAAUAUCUCUGUGUUCAGAGACAAACUGGUCAAGUGUGGGGGCAUAAGCCUGCUAAUCCAGAACACCUCGUGGCUGCUGCUGCUUCUGCUCUCGCUGCCCCUCCUGCAGGCCAUGGAUUUCAUCUCCCUGUGACUGAUGGGGCCCGUGGAAGAUACACGAAGCCACAAGGCCCAGUGCAGAGACCCUACUUCUCUGAGUCAGCUGACCCCCUCCCCCCAACCCCUCACACACCUUGGGGAGAACUGGGGACCCCACCGCUCCUAAGGACUCCCAGUGCUGCAUGCCAUUAUCCCCCUCUCCCCCACCGCCACCUCGUACCCUCUCCGCACGCCACUGGCUAUUCGUCCUCUUUGUUCCAGAGCUGCUUUCUGUCUGGUUUAUUUAGGGCUUGUCCUUCCUUUUCUUUGGAGUUUGUGAAAAGGGAAGCCAGGGUUGGGGGCCUGAUGGAGAGUGGGGGGGAUGGAAGGGUAGUAGGAGGGAGGGGCACCAGACCCAGGGGGCUGUCAUCCUUGCCUGGGAGAGACCUGGACGAGGAGGGGGGCCUUAGCACCUCUUUCAGCAGGAGGGAUGGUGCCUGAAGAGCUCCGAUGUGAGGGGAGUGCCAAGCGCUUGUGGCCCAUCAGGUGAGGAGACAACUCAGCAUCCCCGGAAACACUUUCUGUGGCAGAAAAAAGGCAGUCUUCUUACCCCAGCGCACGUGCCUGGGCCCAGGGCAUGGUCCAGUGAAAAUGGAGAUUCUGCCUGGAAGGCAGUGAUGAGGGGCUGGAGAGGCAGGGGAAGAGGGUCCAUCAUCCCUCCCCUCCUGAGGAAACUACAAAUGGGAGUCCAGCAUCUCGACCAGCAGUUGGGAGGGUGGCGAAGGAGGACAAGCCCCUUCCCAGGCUAUCAAAAGUUCCUAAGAGCUUCCAGAACUCUGACCCGGGGGCAGGAAGUCAGGCCAGGUGGAGCCCCAGAGGCGUACAGAGUCUGGCCCAAGUGUUUCUCUGGGAGGCUCUGCCCUCCUCCCCCAUCAGUGCCUGAGCCUUCAGACAGCAUCCUGCCCCACAGGCCUGCCUUCUCGGGGUCCGCUGGGGGCCUGAGGGAGGCCAUGGGGUGAGACCCAUGAGCGGGACAUGCUUUUCCCAACACCCAGCUCCCCCACCUGGCGGCUCUGCCCUGUCCUGUGACCGUGUGUAGUGUCACACAGCUUAUGGCAUCUCAUUGAGGAAAAAGAAUAUUGUACAAUAAAACCAAGCCUCUGGAAUCUGUCCUCUGUCUCUGCUUUGCUCCUCUCUCCCCAGGCCCGCCCCCACCCCCUAGCCGGAAGAUCCAACCCACCACCUCUUCCUCCCCCCCUUACCUGCUUCAGCAAGGCCUUCCUCUCUGCACCCCCACCCCUACCCCGGCCCCCAAGGAUGGACCAAUGCUUGACAGGCUCUUCAGAACCACCCCAACCCAACACGAUAAAUGAAUGUUCCAUCUCUGCUGAUUCACCUGGCGGGAAUGACCUUACCUGCGCAUGUGUGAGUUAAGCCACAUGGCGCUGGUUCCAGAAUACGCUAAUAAGCACGAAGGUGCAGAGUCCAUGUUUUCCUCUCAGAUCUGGUUGAUCUCAGAAAUGCCCUGUCAAAAAGAAUGUAUAUGGAUGUAUGGCUGUAUCACUUUGCUGCGCGGCAGAAAUUGACAGAACAUUGUAAAUCAGCUAUAAUAAAAAAAAUGUUUAAAAAGAAAAA